AUGACAUCCUCCCUCCCUCCGCUGCCGCCGCUGCCCCCGCCCCCACGGGAUCCUGCAACCGCAACUCCCCAACACCGGCACUCCCAUCAACCCACCAGCACGACCCCUCGCCACAACCGCGACAAGCCGCGACGGAAAUCCGUCCACUCCCGUCACCGCUCAAUCUCGUCCGCCAGCUCGCCGGAGGUGAUCACGAAUCUCGUCGACUCGCUCAGUAAGCUCUCGCCUGGGCCUCUCGAGAAUCCCGCGCUGUACGGGAACCUGGCUCCUCCGAGCCAGCCCAUCUCACAUAGGAGGGAGCACCCGGGGUAUGACUAUACGGUGGGGGCGGGCAGAGAGCACGCAUUUCUGCAUCCGGAUGACGCCGCUUUGGCGCCUGUGGUGAGGACGGCGAAACCGCCCAGCGGGCUCUCGGUGCACACGAAUGGCUCGAUCGACUCGGGGAGGAGUUCUUAUUCGGGAAUAUCGGUUGGGAAAGGAGGUGUUGACAUCCCGAACUAUGUCAGGAAUUAUAUGAACGGUGGUGUCGUUGGGCCAGGGAAGUCUCUCCACGAGAGGAAGAGCUCGCGGGAGAGCGGCAAGAGCUCAAAGAAGGACUGUGGGAGAUUGGGCUACGUUUCUUCAAAGGAGAAGAUCAAGAUGGAGAAGGCCUUGGAGAGGGACCGUGAGAGUGAGGGUGAAUUGAGGAUGAGUGCGGCCGGGAUUUUGAGUCCUACGGGGGGGAUUGACACGGCUGGGAAGGGAAAGAAUGUGGCAGAGGAUAUUUCAAGGCAUAUACCCCAACGAUCAAGCAGCUAUGGGAAAGGAUCUCCCCACACUUCUCGCAGUUAUCCGCCGUCAUUAAUCGCAGGCCUCGCUCCUAUGCACGCCCCGUCUCCCCUUGGAUCUCCUUUGUUCGAAGCCGGUGGCUGCCCGUACGAAGACGACGAAAACGACGAAGCCGCACCAGCUCCCGAACUUCCGAAGGCUCGGCCCGAGAAGGCCAAACGCAACUCGAAGCAGAAUCUUUACCCCUUGCGAUCCGACAGUCUCCGCGCCCCAGCACCAAACCGGUCUCCCAGCAAAAACAAACGUAAAUCGGACCCAGCUCCUCGCGGUGCACACUUGCAAGCCUCACCCCCACGUGCGUCAUUCCACAGCACGCCCGAACAGCGCCCCUCGUCUGCAGACUCGGUUGAUGAUGCUGUGGAUGCAUAUCUGUGCUCUGAGCGCCUGUCCCAAAAGAUCCGCAUGCCCAACACCGGUCGUAUCAUCUCCUUCUCUGAAGUUGGUGAUCCCGCUGGGUUUGCGGUCUUUGUGUGUGUUGGGAUGGGCCUGACCCGUUACGUUACUGCCUUCUAUGAUGAGCUCGCACUAACACUCGGCCUCCGCCUUAUCACGCCUGACAGGCCGGGCGUCGGUGAAUCAGAGCCCAUAGAUGAGACAGAGCGGACGGUUCUCAACUGGCCCGACGAUGUCUUGUACAUCUGCCAGCAUCUCAAAAUCUCAAAGUUCUCCAUCCUUGCGCACUCUGCAGGCGCUAUCUAUGCGCUCGCGACAGCUCUGAGGAUGCCUAGCCAUAUCCGUGGGAGGAUUCAUCUCCUUGCGCCGUGGAUCCCACCUUCCCAGAUGGAAGGUGUUGUGUAUUCAGGCAUGGAGAAGGGCGAGAAGGUUGGCUCGGUGCCAACAUCACAGCGGAUUCUCCGCGCACUUCCCACGCCGAUACUGAAAGCCGCAAACUCGUCCUUCAUGUCAGCGACCUCGUCGUCCCUCACAACAUCCCUCCCAAGGGCGGGGGGUGGCAAGGGCAGAAAGAAGUCUUCCCGCUCUUCCUCGCAGGAAGCUAAAGAGAAGGCUGCCGCUGCCAUGGCGGCGGCUGCCGCCGCAAAGGGAGAGAAUGAUUCGCCAUCUGGAAGUUCGUCCUCAGCUGACGCAACUAAAGAAGGCGGCGAGUCAACGGGUGAAGCUGCAGAGAAGGCGCCAGAAAUGGACGCCUUUGCUGCCGCGCUUGCGUCCGUUGCAGAGAAGGAGCGGCAGAUGUCGUACGAUGAGCGUCUGACACAUGCCAUCUGGACGCUGUCAACGCGCAAUGCCAACCCGGCUGUAGAUCUGCUGGUGUGUCUUGAGCGCAACAGGCCUGUGGGUUUCAGAUAUGUGGACAUCACACGUGAUGUCGUGAUUCAUCAUGGGACGAAGGAUACGAGGGUGCCCGUGGAGAACGUGAGAUGGCUGGGUAAGACGAUGAAGGUGUGUGAGGUGCGGGUGCUGCCGAAUGAGGGGCAUGGAUUGAUGGCGAGUGCGAUGGUGAUGGGGGGGGUGUUGGAUGAGAUUGCGACGGAGUGGAGGGAGUGGAAGAAGUCGCUGGCGGGCAGGGAGGAGGGUGGUGGCACGGAGAGAAGCAGAUAUGGGCCAGAGUAA